AUGGGAAAUAGUUCUAGACAUUAAAAUCAACAGGGAAACCAGUCAUCCUUAUAAACAAAGCAAUUCAAUAAAUAAGAAAGUGAAUUGAACAAAUAUUUAACUUAGAGUUGUUUUACAUUUCCAUCAUCAAUACAGAAAAUCCCUGCGUGCAAGGCAUAAAAAGUAAAUUGCCUAAGAUGCGAUCAUAUAUUAUUUGAUGAUGGAUUGGGAAGAACUAACAAAUGUGAAGAAUGUCAAAUUCUAUAUGUAAUUAAGGAUGGAGUGGUUACACUCUUAAAUAAUAGCCAGGAUGUUCAAUGCUGCUCAUAUGGUUUCCCAUUGCAAUAGUUAGAUUCAGUUGUGCUGCGAGUAAAUCAGAACUGUAUUAAUCACAUAUCGUAUGGACAGUUGAUGACCCAAAUUAUAUUGCCGUUUUUCGAGAUGAGAGAAAGGAUCAUAACAUCUGGGGCUUGCUUCAAUAUCGAUUAAUUUGAAUUUCGAGUGGUUGGAUGUGGUUCAUAACUCCAAGGUAUUGUGAGUGCUGGCACAAAGAUAUACUGUUAUGAAUCAUAUACCGAUAGAAUCCUUUACAAAUUGAAAAUAUACACUCAAAGAAAGAACUUUCAAGAUGAACUUUUUCAUUAUUUUUUUUCUCGUCCGAAAGAAAACCUACUCAUUUAAGAUUCGUAUAUAAAGAUUAACAAUCAAGAGUAUUUUGUAUUACAAUGCACUGAAUAAACAGGAAGAUUGCAUAUCUACACUAAGAUUGAAUGUAUUUCGAAUGUACCUAGAUUGUCUUAGGUUUAAUUCAUAAUUUUGAAGCAACCUGUAGAAUUCUCUAAUAGUAAUAGAAAUCAAGCAAUUUAGUAAGUUUUAAUUUAUGUUGUUCAACCAUAUUUCGCAGGGUUGACUCGAUAUAUAGAAAAGGGUUAGAUUUUGAGGAUUGGCGAUUUCAUUUUUGAGGUAUGUUUAGUUGAAAAUUGCGGAUUUGUAAUUCCUAACUAAACACAAAUUCAAAUUAUAGAUUAAGUUGAUCAGCAAAUAAAUCUAUAAUAAUUCUAAUCAAAUUAAAAUUACAAUAUCAUUAGCAGAUCUAUUGACAAUCAACAAAGUAGUAGAUAGGAUUAGAUUGAAUCCUUGCAUAGAUUAUUGAAUACCUUCAUUCAAUUAAAUGAAAAUGGCACAAUAGAAGGCAAUCUAGGAUGUGAAGACCAUGAAAUAUAACAAUUACCAGUAAGGAAAAUAAAUUUAGAAUAAGUUAAAUAAUUGGAUGAGGAUCAUAUGAAAUGCUUGAUUUGUCUAUGUGAAUAUGAGGAGGAAGAUUUAGUUAAAACUAUUCCCUGCUUACAUUAUUUUCAUGAUGAUUGCAUAGAGAAGUGGCUCAAAAAAAGUAGACAUUGUCCAAUUUGUAAAAAUGAGCUAGAAAUUUGA